ACCAUAACACAACUACAAGAAACAAAUAUUCUUUUAAUAUAAUACUUAUUUAUUAAAAGUAUUUGAAAUUAAGCAUUUGUGAGUUGUGUGCAUAUUUUCAUCUUCUUAAUUCUAUUCAAUAUUUAAUUUCUUCUUCACUUUUAAACUCAUUAAGAAAAAAAAAUGGGAUUUGAGAUUGCAAAGACCAACUCAAUCUUGUCAAAGCUGGCUACUAAUGAAGAACAUGGCGAAAACUCGCCAUAUUUUGAUGGGUGGAAAGCAUACGAUAGCAAUCCUUUCCACCCUUUAAAGAACCCUAAUGGAGUUAUCCAAAUGGGUCUUGCUGAAAAUCAGCUUUGUUUCGACUUGAUAGAAGACUGGAUUAAGCGAAACCCAAAAGCUUCCAUUUGUUCCACUGAAGGAAUGAAAUCAUUCAAGGCAAUAGCCAACUUUCAAGAUUAUCAUGGCUUGCCUGAAUUCAGAAGAGCUAUUGCGAAGUUUAUGGAGAAAACAAGAGGAGGAAGAGUUAGAUUUGAUCCAGAAAGAGUUGUUAUGGCUGGUGGUGCCACUGGAGCCAAUGAGACAAUUAUAUUUUGUUUGGCUAAUCCAGGCGAUGCAUUUUUAGUACCUUCACCAUACUACCCAGCAUUUAACAGAGAUCUAAGAUGGAGAACUGGAGUACAACUCCUUCCAAUUCAUUGUGAGAGCUCCAACAAUUUCAAAAUUACCGCAAAAGCAGUAAAAGAAGCAUAUGAAAAGGCACAAAAGUCAAACAUCAGAGUAAAAGGCUUGAUUUUGACCAACCCAUCAAAUCCAUUGGGCACUACUUUGGACAUAGACACAUUAAAAAGCCUCUUGAACUUCACCAACCAACACAACAUCCACCUUGUUUGUGACGAAAUUUAUGCAGCCACCGUCUUUGACACGCCUCAAUUCGUCAGCAUAGCUGAAGUCCUCGACGAUAAGGAAAUGAAUUAUUGCAACAAAGAUUUGGUUCACAUCGUCUACAGUUUAUCGAAAGACAUGGGAUUACCUGGAUUUAGAAUUGGAAUUGUAUAUUCUUUCAACGAUGAUGUCGUUAAUUGUGCUCGAAAAAUGUCGAGUUUCGGCUUAAUUUCUACUCAGACGCAAUAUUUUUUGGCCGCAAUGCUAUCGGACGAAAAAUUCGUGGCAAAUUUUCUGACAGAAAGUGCGAUGAGAUUAGGUAAAAGGCACAGACACUUUACCAACGGACUUGAAGAAGUGGGCAUUAAAUGUUUGAAAAAUAAUGCGGGGCUAUUCUGCUGGAUGGAUUUGCGUCCGCUUUUAAGGGAAUCGACAUUCGAUUCGGAAAUGUCGUUAUGGAGAGUGAUUAUAAACGACGUGAAGCUCAACGUAUCGCCAGGAUCUUCGUUUGAAUGUCAAGAGCCAGGAUGGUUCCGAGUUUGUUUUGCGAACAUGGAUGAUGGAACUGUGGAUAUCGCGCUCGCGAGGAUUCGGAGGUUCGUGGGUGUUAAGAAAAUUGGAGAUGAAUCGAACGCAAUGGAAAAGAAGCAUCAAUGGAAAAAGAAUAAUUUACGACUUAGUUUUUCGAAAAGAAUGUAUGAUGAAAAUGUUUUGUCACCACUUUCGUCUCCUAUUCCUCCCUUACCACUAGUUCGCUAGGACUUAAGUAAGGGAAGAAUUAAUUUAUGUUUCUUUAUAUUUGAAAAAAGAAAUAGUAAGAAUAAGAUAGAAAGGAAAAGAAAAUAAGAAUGUAGGAGGAGGAAUGUAUUCAGAAAUAACUGUUAGUGUAUGUAUUGACUACACUGAUCUACGUACAUUGACAUCAUAAAUUUGUCUAACUAAUGAAAUGCAAAAAUUAAAGUUGUAUUAUGACUCUUAGA